AACAACAAUGGACAUAGCCGUUUUAUAUAGUUUUGAAAAUGUGAGGAUUAAGAUAUCAUAUGAUUAAUCAUCACAACACAACACAACGAUUAUAUCUCAAUUAAUCCUUAAUUAAUCUACAAACUAAUUCUCCAUUUCAUUUUCUCCCUCCAAACCUCUCUCUCUCUCUCUCUCCAACAAACGCCAUUUUCUGGUUACUGAUUCGAACGAAGAUCAAAAUUCAACUUCAUCAAAACGCUAUCGUUUUCAGAUCUGAAUCGAAAAUCUCGAGUUCCCGAUUCGGUUUCGUCUCACUUUCAUGUUCUUCUCAAGCGCGUGUGUAAUAGAUCUUGAAAAUUGGCGCCUCAACGACGUUCCCAGCGCCACGUGGUGGCUGGCCAGAUGCCGCCACAGGGUAAUGCCGCCGCCGCUGUUUACGAUCAACCUGCCGGCGGCUCCCUGCAAAGUGCAUCCACUGAUGCCGGAGACGCUGUCAUGGCGCGGUGGCUUCAGUCCGCCGGUUUGCAGCAUUUAGGUUCUCCACUUGCUUCAUCCGGUGUCGAUCAUCGCCUCUUCCCCAACCUUCUCAUGCAGGGUUAUGGAGCACAGUCUGCUGAAGAGAAGCAGAGGCUUUUCAAGUUAAUGAGAAACCUCAAUUUUAAUGCGGAAUCUGGUUCGGAGCUUUAUACACCCAAUACUCAAACUUUGGGUGGAGGGUCUGCAUCGGAUGGGUUCUAUUCUCCUGAAUUUAGAGGGGAUUUUGGAGCCGGGCUUUUGGAUCUUCAUGCCAUGGAUGACACAGAGCUUCUGUCUGAGCAUAUGAUUUCAGAAUCUUUCGAACAAUCACCCAUCAUACCAGGAGAUACUAGAGUAUUUGAAGAUGAUUUCUAUCCAAUUAAUAGCAAGCUGGAAAAAGAAGCUGAAGUUGAUGCAUCAAUUUCUUUACCUAUGAAUGAAAAAGAGAAUAGUACAAGGGAGAAUAAUGUCGCCAAGAUUAAAGUUGUGGUACGUAAAAGGCCUUUAAACAAGAAAGAGCUUACUAAGAAGGAGGAUGAUGUCGUAACUGUGUCUGACACUGCAUAUUUGACAGUCCAUGAACCUAAACUAAAGGUUGAUUUGACAGCUUAUGUGGACAAGCAUGAGUUUUGCUUUGAUGCCGUUCUUGAUGAGCAUGUUACCAAUGAUGAAGUAUACCGAGCUACAGUUGAACCAAUUAUUCCUACAAUUUUUGAACGUACCAAAGCUACUUGUUUUGCUUAUGGUCAGACAGGAAGUGGCAAGACAUACACAAUGCAACCUUUACCACUCAGAGCUGCAGAAGACCUUGUUCGACAGUUGCAUCAGCCAGUUUACCGGAGUCAGAGAUAUAAAUUGUGGCUUAGCUACUUUGAGAUAUAUGGUGGAAAGCUUUUUGAUCUUCUUAGUGACAGAAGGAAACUUUGUAUGAGGGAAGAUGGACGGCAGCAAGUUUGCAUUGUAGGACUGCAAGAAUUUGAAGUUUUGGACGUUCAGGUUGUCAAAGAAUUCAUUGAAAAGGGAAAUGCUUCAAGAAGUACAGGAUCCACGGGUGCUAAUGAGGAGUCCUCCAGGUCGCAUGCUAUCUUACAGUUGGUUGUAAAGAAGCACAAUGAGGUGAAAGAGGGCAAGCGAAAUUCAAACACUGAUGCAAAUGAUGCAAGAAGUGGGAAGGUCGUAGGGAAGAUUUCUUUUAUUGAUCUUGCUGGAAGUGAAAGAGGCGCUGACACUACUGAUAAUGAUCGUCAAACACGGAUUGAAGGAGCCGAAAUUAAUAAGAGCCUUUUGGCUUUGAAGGAAUGCAUUCGAGCUUUAGACAAUGACCAGAUCCAUAUUCCAUUCCGGGGAAGCAAACUUACAGAAGUGCUGCGGGACUCCUUUGUAGGAAAUUCAAAAACUGUCAUGAUCUCUUGCAUAUCUCCAGGUGCUGGGUCUUGCGAACACACGCUUAACACCCUACGUUAUGCUGAUCGGGUUAAAAGUCUUUCCAAAAGUGGAAAUCCUAGAAAAGACGCAAUACCCAAUUGUGUACCACAAACUAAUAAAGAUGUUUCAUCUACAUCAACCCUUCCAGCUAGUGUUGGUGCAGAGGAUUUUAUCGAUCAGCGCCAAGAGAAACCAAUGGAUAUGGGCAGGAAGCCACUUGAAAAGGAGAAAACUAUGUAUAGCUCUGCUGCUAUUGCUGACAAACAGUUACCUAGUAUUUCUUCAAAUUACCUAUCAAAUGGACGAGAAGAAAAAGGCAUCACUUAUCCUUCAAUGGAGAGGGAGAGGUUUGAAAUGAAGAACUCUUAUAAUGAUAAUUCCAGUCAAAAGAUUAACUCUUACCCACAAAAUGGUACAGAUGAGAAAGUGCAAAAGGUAUCUCCCCCACGCAGAAAAGGUUCUAAGGAUGAAAAGUCUGAAAGGCCUGCAAACUGGAUGAAAAGGGAUACCGUUGAAGAAAAAGGCUUGACUUAUGCUUCAGUGGAGAGAGAGAAGUUUGAAAUGAAGAACUCUUAUAAUGAUUCUUCGAGUCCAAAGAUGAACUCUUACGCACGAAAUGAUACAGAUGAGAAAGUGCAAAAGGUUUCUCCCCCACGCAGAAAAGGUUUUAAAGAUGAAAAGUCUGAAAGGCCUGCAAAUUUGAUGAAAAGGGAUACCAAUGCUUCUGAUCUCUCGACCACAAGCUCCAGGCAACAGCAAACCACAGUGAAUCACAACACUGUUACCUCUGGAUCCAGGCUUUAUGACGCAGAGUCAGCACCUGACGUGAAUAUCAAUGCAGUACUUGAGGAGGAAGAAGCACUAAUUGCCGCUCAUAGGAAAGAAAUUGAGGACACAAUGGAGAUUGUUCGUGAAGAAAUGAAACUCUUGGCCGAAGUCGACCAACCAGGUAGCCGUAUUGACAACUAUGUAGCCCAAUUGAGCUUUGUGCUUUCUCGCAAAGCAGCUAGUCUUGUGGGUCUUCAAGCUCGCCUUGCAAGAUUCCAACAUCGACUAAAAGAACAGGAAAUUCUGAGUAGAAAAAGAGUUCCCCGUUGAUAAAAGAUUCGGUUUCUCUUAUUGUAAUUGUCUUGUGAAUUGUGAUCUGUAUCAUGUUUGAUAUCAACUGAUCUUUUCAUUCUAAUUAAAGUUACCUACAUGUAUAUACUUUUUAUGUGACAUUUUAGCCAUCUCAGGCCCUUUGCAAAUAUUUGCCAUAAAUGUUGUAAUUUGUAUGUAGGUUAUCUGCCCAAAAUUUGAAGUUUGAGAGGGCAAAGUGAAAAAAUGAAAUAGAAUCUAAUGUGGUUGCAAAAACGAAAA